GCAUGGCUGCUGUUGCAAAUGCUGAAAAUUCGUCUGAUAGAAAAAAAUAUAAGAAUUGCCUGUUAAUGCAAUUAUAAGGAUUCAGUCUUAAAACUGGAGUCAUGUCCUGCCCAAAACACAUGUAAUGUCUGUUUGACAUGAAAAAGUUACGGAAAAACGAAAUCCCAUAACCUUCUACAACAACUUUUGUCAACAAAACACAAAUGGACAAUAGAUUAUUAAUAACUUUGUGAUGAUUGUGCAGUUAUAUUUGUUUUAAUGAUCUGUUAAAAAUGACAGACGUCCAACUAGAAGGGGUGACCCCUUUAUUGGAUUCUAGUUCACUGAAGGUAGAGAAUAGCACAAAUAACAAUCAAAAUGGCUUGGAGACCGAAGUUGAAGAAACUGAGGAUGACACUCCAUGUAUUGAUAUCAUUAUAAACAAUGUAGUGUGUACUUUUAGUACACGAUGUCAUUUGAACUUGAGAACUGUGGCAAUGGAAGGUGCUAAUGUUGAGUACAAAAGAGAACAGGGUAUGUGCAAUAUGAGGAUAAGGAGGCCAUACACAACUGCCAGUAUUUGGUCUUCAGGAAAGAUAACUUGUACAGGUGCUACAAGUGAACCAUAUGCAAAAAUUGCUGCCAGAAAAUUUGCCAGACAAUUACAAAGGAUUGGUUUUGAUGUCAAGUUUAGUAAUUUUAAAGUUGUAAAUGUACUAGGAACAUGUUCUAUGCCUUUUAAAAUUAAAGUGGCAGAUAUGGCAAGAAAAUAUCCAAGAGAAGUUAGUUAUGAACCAGAACUGCAUCCUGGGGCAACAUACAGAAUAAAAGAACCAAAGGCCACUCUGAAAAUCUUUACUACUGGAAGUAUAACUGUUACAGCUCCAUGUGUUGACAAUGUCCAGUCUGCUAUUGAACAUAUUUUUCCUUUGGUAGCUGAGUUUAAAGCAGUUAAAAGUGAAGUUAAUGCUGAGCUUCUGAUGAAAGAAGCCAGAUUUAUUCAGAAACACAGAGUGAUCAAACCCAAACGUCCAAUCACUAAAUUUGAAGAGGACUUAGAGUAUGAAGAUUCAAGUGAUGAAGAUUUUGAUAGUGAGGAAGAUCAGGAUUAAAAAUUUGAAAUGCAUUUAUGAAAAUAGAGGUCAAUCAGAUUUGUUGCUUUUUUAUUCAAUAUACAUGUACAAAAAAACUAGCAUUACUGAUUUGAAAAAAAGCAGUUCACUAAAUUAACAAAGUUGAUUGAUUAUACAUGUGUUUAUUUGAUAUUGUUCAAUUGUGGGUGUUUGUUAAUGUUGGAUAUUUUUGUGUCAUUUACCACUGCAAUAAUAUAAACAAACCUUCAAAUCUAUGAACUGUUAUGAGGGAGAUCUACCUCAUGGAAAAUAAUGUAAUUGGAAAUAAUUUGCUGCCAGACUUUUUUCAUGUUUGAUAUUUUUAAAAGUCAUUAAGCUUCAUGAAGGAAUAACUAGUUUCAUAUAUUUCAAGAUUGACAAAUUUGGCUGUCAAAUCGUUGUUCUUGCGGCCACUUUUUAUUGGGGGAAGAAUCUGGAGAGAACCACUGUCAGACCUUCAACAGGAAGACUAGCAAUCCUAGUAAAUUAAGAUUAGAGUCAAACUCCUUUUUGUCUAAUGGCUUUUGUUUUCUUUUGUUAUGUAAAUUGAUAAAGUUUUAUAGUCAGCUAUUAUUUUUUUCUAAAAUGAUAUAUACUCAAAGCUCAUAAAAUUACCUUUAACAAACAGUUUAAACUUUUGAACAUUUCAUAUGUUUAAAUUCCAGGUUCUUUAUAAAUGUCAUAGAUUCCUAGACUAGUUACCACUUUAUGAAAGGCUGUGUUCUCUAUAGAUGUAAUUUGAUACUUGAUUGACAUAGAUUGUCCAUAUGGCAGUGAAUUAUUAAAUUGGGUAAUUACUACCAUUUUAACAUUACAAGUUAUCACUGCAUAGUAUUUAUAAUAGUAUAUUUUUUGUAUGAGAUUUUUGUCUAGGAAUUGUAAUAUGUUUGGUAGAUGAUAGGCUUUUUUUUAUAAAAAUAAUGGGUAUUAAUGGCACACAUCAAAUUACAUUGUUGGUAUCAUGCAUUACAUUACAUUGUGAGUAUCAUGCAUUACAUUUCAUUGUUGGUAUCAUGCAUUACAUUACAUUGUGAGUAUCAUGCAUUACAUUACAUUGUGAGUAUCAUGCAUUAUAUUACAUUGUGAGUAUCAUGCAUUACAUUUCAUUGUUGGUAUCAUGCAUUACAUUACAUUGUGAGUAUCAUGCAUUACAUUACAUUGUGAGUAUCAUGCAUUACAUUACAUUGUGAGUAUCAUGCAUUUCAUUACAUUGUGAGUAUCAUGCAUCACAUUACAUUGUAGGUCAUGCAUCACAUUAAAUUGUUGGUAUCAUUGUAUUUAUGAGGCUCAAUAAAGGGGGGAGCUUGUUGAUUACAAACCUUAAAUUUUUUGUCAUUGUAAUCAUAUAGUAUAAAACAUUCUUUUCCAAAUUGCAUGUUAUCAGGAACUGGUAAUAAAAACACAAUCCUUUUUAGAUAGCUUGAUAUCAGGAAUGGAUGAUUACAGUAAUCAAAAAAUAUUUCUUCUCCAAAUAGCUUGAUAUCACUAUCAAAAACUGGUAGACUAUUCCAAAAUUAAUCCUGGUGGUGAAAUGGGAGGCACUCAAACUGAUUAAUUGUGGUUGGUUGUAUUUUCCUCGGAAUUUUGAAAGUAUUAUUAGUAAAAUGAAAGAGUAUUCUAUGGAUGGUUGUGUUCUAAUAAAAGUGCCUCCCAUGCCAGGCCCCAUGUGUUUAAUUCUGGAACAGCCCUAAUAAAAAAAGUGCCAAAUUCAAUGCCUUGUAUAAAUCAAAUAGUUUAAAUCUGAUAAUAUCAACAUAAUAUGAUUUGUUUAUUGUUGUCAGGUAAAGAUAAACUCCACCAAGGGCCUCAUUUAAUCAUGUGGCAUUAUUGUUUUUGGCUAUUCCAUUAUAUUGAUAUUCUUUGGGGAGAAGGCAUUUUCUGAGAUUGGCUUGGGGUGCAAUCAUUCUCUUGCUUACCUGUCGUCUGAGUUGAUAUUACACAGAAACAAGUUUACGAUAUACUGUUUUCCUACAUUUGCAAAGUAAGUCCAAUUUAACUGAAGUCAUUGCAUUACUCUUUUUGCUUGCAUUCUUGUCUGUUUAGUGAUCUUUUGGUUUUUCAUGGUUCAGGUGCAGUCAUAAAAUAAUCUGUAACCACUACUACGUAUCACACAUCAUAGUGGAUUAAUCACAAGUAAUGUAGUGAUGUGAAUUACUGUGUAUCUCACUUAACUACACUUGUAAUUCAGUGCUACAUCUCGCACAUCAUUGUGGAUUAUUCACAAGUAAUGUAGUGAUGUGAAUUACUUUGUAUCUCACUUAACUACACUUGUAAUUCAGUGCUACAUCUUGCACAUCAUUGUGGAUUAAUCACAAGUAAUGUAGUGAUGUGAAUUAUUGUGUAUCUCACUUAACUACUAAUGUAAUUCAGUGCUACAUCUCACACAUCAUUGUGAAUUAAUCGCAAAUUAUGUAGUGAUGUGAAUUACUGUGUGUCUCACUUAACUUAUUUAUUAAGUCUGGGAAACAUUUCAAAAGAUAGAAAACCUUUAAUGACUCAGAAAAAAACAUGCACUUCACUUGUGUGGUGACAUCAUCUACAAUUAUGCCAGUGUUUCCAAACUUUCAUAUUUUCCAGACUUGUCUUUAUUUUUUAGAAAUGUUGGUUAAUUGACAGUAAUUGAUCUGGGUUUUUAUGUAUUUUUCAAUGUAAACAUAGUCCUUCUUUUUCCUAUUACAAGCACAUUUUUGGUCAAAAAUAUAUCAGGAGUAAAUACUGUAUUAGAUACCCCGUCAUGUCAGGGUUAUUGGAUGGCAGACAGGUGAUGUUUACCUCUUUACCUCAAAAUUAACAGGUAAAUUGAUUCUCAUGUUUGAGUAGUUUCUCAACAAAAUAAGUUUAGAAAAAUUCCUUGAUAAUUUUUGUAUAUGCUGUAUGAGUUAAGAAAUAUUCAUUUAAUUUACUAGCUAAGUAUAUGAGGAAGAAAGUAACCUCGGAUCUAAAUGUUAUUUUUAUUUUGAUUGUACAGAUACCAAAAAAUCAGGUUGUACAGUUUGCAAAUGUAACUAUGCAAAAAAUGGUAAUAUUUAUUUAUACCUUGCAAUUGAAAUGUUUUAAGAAGUAUUAUCUUACUGUUUCAUAGAUCUGCAAUGUAAUCUGACACAAAUUUUGUAAACAAUCACAUCAUUUAAGAAUCAGGCUGCAUAUUCUUUUUGAAUCAAACGAAUAUCUUUAGACAUUUAUACUAAGGCUUUUUUUUUGGAGAUGUAAAUGUAUCAAUAAUGCUUUGUGAUUGAAUUAUCAUAUGAAGUGAGAUAAAUUGAAAAAGACUAUAUAUAGGAUUUGAUAUUUUCUGGUUCCCCCCUUCCUAUAAAAAAGAUAGAUUAGGACUAUAUCAGCUAGCUGUGUACAAAUUAAAGUUCAAUCGAAAAUCUUUAAAUUUAAGAUGUGUCUUUAAUUUCCUGAUUCUUACAUGGAGUACUUUUUCUAUUUUUCAGUUGUUAAUUAACAAUAGGCUGUUUAGAGUAUCUGACAACAUGUAUGAAUGUUUUAUGUAUGUUUACAUAGUUGUUGUCUGAGGAGGAAUGUUUUGUGUAUGACCAUUUUGGAGUCUUCAUUUUUGUAUGGAAUAAAAACAAUUUCCAUGAUAA